UUCCCGUCGAGUCUCUAUUCCUGACUCCGGAGGGGAGAGCCCCGUCCAGCCCCAGAGCUCCCAGCCUGCUCUGCCUCCGAGAUGUCCGGGCUUGGUGUUCCUUGGGGUCUGGAGCCUUCGAGAGGAUAUAACGGGGCCCGCUGACCUCUGUCCUCUGAUCCCUGACCAAGCAGCUGCUGAUUAGCACCCCUCCAGCCGCCAGAUAGCCGCGGAUAGGGAGGCUGCCAAGCAGUCCCCCAGCCUGGGCAGGACUCCCUUCCUGAGGUGGGAGGGUAGGUGGACCCCCGGCUUGGGGGGGGGUCCUGCCAGCAGUGGAGCUUGGGGGGAAAGCAGAUGCCCAGAAGGGGUGUAGAUGGCCAGCUUGCUAUGAUACAGAGAGGCUCUCCCUUUUCUCCCCACCAACUUAGGGCUGGAGUUGGGGUAGGGGGGUCACCUCCUAGGAUUGUGCUGAGCGGACAGCUUCCUCCUGCCCGUCCGAAGGCCUGCAGUCAACAUGGCAAUGCGGGAGCUGGUGGAGGCAGAGUGUGGUGGGGCAAACCCCCUCAUGAAGCUGGCAGGUCAUUUCACCCAAGACAAAGCCUUGCAGCAGGAAGGGCUACAUCCUGCCCCCUGGCCCCCAGGAACCCCAGCACCUGAAUCGGUCUCCAAGCCUUUGGGAGUGGCUUCUGAAAAUGAGUUGGUGGCUGAAUUCCUUCAGGACCAGAAUGCCCCCCUUGUGUCCCGGGCUCCCCAGACCUUCAAGAUGGAUGAUCUGUUGGCAGAAAUGCAAGAAAUUGAACAGUCUAGUUUCCGCCAGGCUCCCCAGAGAGCCCCAGGUGUGGCUGACCUGGCACUAUCUGAGAACUGGGCCCAAGAGUUCCUGGCAGCUGGAGAUGCAGUGGACGUAGCUCAGGAUUACAAUGAGGCUGACUGGUCUCAGGAAUUCAUAUCUGAAGUUACAGACCCCUCAUCUGUGUCUCCUGCCCGCUGGGCUGAGGAGUACCUGGAACAGUCAGAAGAGAAACUCUGGCUAGGAGAACCUGAGGGAACAACCACCACUGACCACUGGUACAAGGAGUAUCUUCCUGAUGAAGACCUGCAGUCCACUGCCAAUGACUUCGUGGCCAAGGUGGAUGACCCAAAAUUAGCUAAUUCUGAGUUCCUGCGAUUCGUGCGGCAGAUCGGAGAGGGGCGGGUGUCCCUGGAUGCCAAUUCGGGGUCCAGCCGGGAGCAGGCAGAACAGUGGGCAGCAGAGUUUGUACAGCAGCAGGGCACAUCAGAGGCCUGGGUGGACCAGUUCACACGGCCAGCGAAUGUGCCUGCCCUUGAUACAGAAUUUGAAAGAGCCAAGUCAGCUGUAGAGUCUGAUGUUGACUUCUGGGAUAAGCUGCAGGCAGAAUGGGAAGAAAUGGCCAAGCGGGAUGCUGAGGCCCAUCCGUGGCUCUCUGACUAUGAUGACCUCACUUCUUCCUCCUAUGAUAAGGGUUACCAGUUUGAAGAAGAGAACCCACUUCGGGACCAUCCCCAGCCAUUUGCAGAGGGGCUGCUGCGGCUACAGGAGGGGGACCUGCCAAAUGCAGUCCUUCUCUUUGAGGCUGCAGUACAGCAGGAUCCUGAGCAUAUGGAGGCCUGGCAGUAUCUGGGUACCACCCAAGCUGAGAAUGAACAGGAACUAUUGGCUAUAAGUGCCCUUCGAAGGUGUCUGGAGUUAAAGCCAGAUAAUCUGACAGCACUGAUGGCAUUGGCUGUGAGCUUCACCAAUGAAUCCCUACAGCGCCAGGCCUGUGAGACCCUGCGGGACUGGCUGCGAUACACACCUGCCUAUGCCCACCUGGUGACACCUGCUGAGGAGGGAGCUGGUGGGGCAGGGCUGGGUCCAAGCAAGCGCAUCUUGGGUUCUUUGCUGUCUGACUCCUUAUUUGUGGAGGUAAAGGAAUUGUUUUUAGCAGCUGUACGACAAGAUCCUGCAUCCAUUGACCCCGAUGUGCAGUGUGGCCUGGGGGUCCUUUUCAACUUGAGUGGAGAGUAUGACAAGGCUGUGGACUGUUUCACUGCUGCCCUCAGUGUUCGCCCGAAUGACUAUUUGCUGUGGAAUAAGCUGGGAGCCACCCUGGCUAAUGGAAAUCAGAGUGAAGAAGCAGUGGCUGCCUACCGCCGGGCCCUGGAACUACAACCUGGCUAUAUCCGUUCCCGCUAUAACUUGGGGAUAAGCUGUAUUAAUCUUGGGGCUCACCGAGAAGCUGUGGAACACUUUUUGGAGGCAUUGAACAUGCAGCAGAAAAGCAGAGGUCCCCGGGGCAAGGCAGGUGCCAUGUCAGAGAACAUCUGGAGUACUCUUCGAAUGGCGCUAUCCAUGCUGGGCCAGAGUGAUGUCUAUGGGGCAGCAGAUGCUCGGGACCUUCCCACUCUACUUCGUACAUUUGGCCUGCCCCAGUGACAAUGGGAUGGGCUGCCCUGUGAAUGUUCUCCCUGAGGGGUCCCCGCUCCUGCUGUGACUCCCUCCCUCCCAAAGGGCCUCCCAAGGGGGUGGGCUGAUAACCACAUGCGGUGCGGCUUCUCAGGAGGUGCCUGGGGAAGGGAAGAAGGGUCAGGUUGUCAGAUAUUUUAUUCUCCAGUUAAUUGUGGGGAACUGAGCCUGUCUUUUUCCUGGGUCCUCUUGGUGAUUAGAGGGUUUUACAUCAAGCUAUAUAUCUAUCUCUCUGAUCAUCAUGCCCUGCCUUCUUGGAUCUGCCAUUUGGGUAGGGCUCACAUAAUAGGGUGGCCCCCCUUGCCAACAGCUACUUAUCGUAGAACCUGUCACACAUGUCCUCCCUCACCCCCAUUCUCUUUUACUGGGAGUUUGUAGCAUCACAGACUUUGAAUAAUGGGUCUCCCCUCCGCCAUCAAUCCCUAUAUAUUUGUGGGAUGGGAUUCCCAUUAGGACAGCCUGUAUGAGUUAAAUAUUUGGCCCAGUGGAGGUGAGGUUCUUGUAGGUUUUUUCUGCAGCUGUGUUCCCGUUGAGCUGCCCUUGGCUGUGAGGUUAUGAGCAUGAAGCUGCAUGCACUGGUUUGUUCACAAUAGGGCUGCUUUUAAAACAAAACAAAAAAACAAAAACCUCAGGCUGCUGUGUCAAGGGAUUAGAUAAAAUGAGUGCUCUGGGUUUAGAGGCUGCAAGCAUGCAGUGGAGUGAGCCUAUAAAAUAAUUUGGUUCUAGGUAUAAAAUGAAUUAGAAUAAGGAGCACUUUAGUGGGUGUGGGAGAGGGCAGAACGUUUGGGAGGAGUGCUUAGACUUGGGUCUAGCUCCAUAGGCCAUCAGUGAUACCCUAGUUAGAAGGGCUGUGAUUGGGAACUGGGUUGGCCAUUUCCCUGGGAACAGGUUCUAGAAGUAGGGCUCUUGACAAAUUCCUAGAAAGCGUGGGUGUGGCAGUGGAUUUCUGUUACUGGAUUCCCAUUUUCUCACUUCACUGGUUGCUUCUGGGAGUGGGGAGAAGAGCAGCAAUCUACUUCCUCCUCACUUCCCCUGCUACUGUUUUAUAAAGUCAGGAAGGCCCAAGCUAACCUCUAAUACCUGUACUGCCCCUUGGGUAGGGAGACAACCCUUACUCCCUGAAAUGAAGGUUAAAGCCUUUUUGUUGCUACUUAAUGAUCAGAAAAAGGAAAUCUUAAUUUUCUUUGUUUUUUAAACCACCUUGCUCCCUAGGUUCUAUCCUAGAAUUUUAUUUUUCUUUGUAUAAAUGUGUAUAUGAUUUUGUCAAAAAAAUGGUUUUUAAAUAAAAUUGUAAAAUAUUUGUAUGAAGAAUAAAUGGAACUAAUGCAUCUCUA